UCCCGCUUUUCCAGCGGUGCGGAAAGACCGGCUUCUUUGCCUCGCUUUUGGUGGCCGCCGCUUCUCUCACUCCACUUUGGUCGGACGGAGCACCUGCUCAACCGAAGGAAUUCUCUGGUGCCCCAUCGUACCCCGAUGCUUUGGGGAAUGAGCACCUGCGGCAGGAAAGCGCUGACUCUGCUCAGCAGUGUCUUUGCUGUGAGUGGAUUGGGGUUUCUGGGGAUUGCGGUGAGCACUGACUACUGGUUGUAUCUGGAGGAAGGGAUCAUUCUGCCCCAAAACCAAAGUACCGAAAUCAAGAUGUCUCUGCAUUCCGGCCUCUGGAGGGUUUGCUUUUUGGCAGGUGAAGAACAUGGGAGGUGUUUCACAAUAGAGUAUGUCAUGCCCAUGAAUGUCCAGCUGACCUCUGAAUCAACUAUCAAUGUUUUAAAAAUGAUACGUUCUGCUACCCCGUUCCCACUCGUGAGUCUCUUUUUCAUGUUUAUUGGAUUCAUCUUGAGCAACAUUGGGCAUAUCCGGCCACAUAGAACCAUCUUGGCCUUCGUGUCUGGAAUCUUCUUUAUUUUGUCUGGUUUAUCUCUGGUGGUGGGGCUAGUAUUGUACAUCUCCACCAUCAAUGAUGAAAUGCUCAAUAGAACCAAGGACUCGGAGACGUACUUCACUUACAAAUAUGGCUGGUCAUUUGGUUUUUCUGCCAUUUCUUUCCUCCUAACUGAGAGUGCAGGUGUCAUGUCUGUUUACCUGUUCAUGAAAAGAUACACUGCUGAAGAGAUGUACCGGCCACACUCUGGCUUCUACCGACCCCGUCUUAGCAACUGCUCCGAUUACUCAGGCCAGUUCCUUCACCCCGAGACAUGGGUUCGGGGACGCAGCCCUUCUGAUAUCUCCAGUGAUACUUCCCUCCAAAUGAACAGCAAUUACCCGGCUCUGCUUAAAUGUCCUGAUUAUGACCAGCUGUCGUCCUCCCCAUGCUGAAGGACAACACCCCUCUUGCUUUUUAGGGAACAAAAUGACCAUAGAGGCCAUGGGUCCUGAAUCUGCACUUUCCUUUUUCCAAUGACUGAUAUUCUUCUUACUUAGAAAUGGAAGUUUUCCUGCCCAUCCCAGCAAUGCGCGUAGGAGUAGUCAAUAAACUCCAGAGGGGGCUUUGAUCCUGCAACUGAUCCUUAUGCCAGAUCCUUAGAGCCAGAGAUAUACACCAUAGCUUGGGCAAAGAAACCCGACCCACUGUGAAAAUCUGGAUAUUGGAAAAUGGCCAAGGGGAGCUUCUUGAUUAGCAGGCUUUUAACAGAAAUGUAUUAUCACCCUAAGAAACAGAUGACAAUGCCUGAUGAAUUCAGAAAUUCACAUCAUUACUUAACUUUUAUAUAUAAUUAGUAUCUCGUUACAGGUAAUUCAUAGUCUAAGCUAAAUGUGUAUAUAGUUAAAAACAUUUCCUCUUUGCAUAUCAUUAUCCUAGAAGAUUGAAGUGUUCACUGGGAAACACAAUUAACUCUCAUCAAGAAUCACAUUCUAAUUUGGCAGCUUCUCAACUAGAUCAAAUCUUUUGUUUCUAGAAGAGCAACAUCUCAACAAUAAAGUGCCUGAUGCUAUGUCAGUAUAAACAAACUUCUCAUUUUCAAAUCACCAUAGGCUUUAUACACUAAUAAUACGCUUAUGGCAGAUCAACAAAAUUUUCUUAUUCUGCUGUAAAAACUGACGGAACAAGAGAUUUGAUGCCCAAAGUGCAAUUUAGUAGUGUGGCUUUUGUCAGUUGUGCUAUUUCCUUUACUUUUAGUCUCCCUACAAAGGAAUCCAGAGGACUGCUGUGCCAGCAUUCAGAUUAGAUCCUAUGUGAAGAAAAUUUGCAGAAAGGGGAGCAGGACUAUGACUGCAUAUUCACUAUGGAUCUAGUUAUAUGCAGUGUGUUUGUUAUACACUGUGCAUAUACUAUGUGUCCACAGUACAUUAUAUAUGCACUGGGUAAUAUAGUUGUACCAGCUUUUGUAACAAUUCUACACUGCUCAGAGGAUUAUUUCAGACAUCCAGAUUCCAAUCUUCUGAUUUUUCACUGCUCUGAAAAAUCUGAUGUUCAACAUUCUAGAUAAAUUCUAAAUUUUGAUUCAUAUUAUCUUAACCUGUAAUCAAAAGCAGAUGGAAUAUCCAGACUUUGCUUUUCCCAAAAAUACUUACAGUGAUGGCUACUUAUUUCCUUUGUACACUAUUAAAAAGUUGAAAAAUAAUUAGAUCUGGAAGCAAGGUUACUUGUAUUCCUCAACUAUCACAGGGCCACGUGGUAGAUGUACAUACAUGCGUUCUCAUUUACUUACUGUGUUUAUCGAUGGUUUUUGUUCACUGAAUAUGUAUGCAAUAAUGAGCCAUAUCUUUCAGCUGUACCUAAAUAUUGAAGAUUUUAGUUCUCCAAGUCAAGCAAGGGAAGAAAAAAAUGGGACUUAUGCUAUCUUGAUAAAUGUUGAAGCCUGCAGAGUCACCUAUGUAUGAGUGGCUACAUAAAUUUGUUUAAUAAAUAAUAAAUAAAGCUACAGUACUAUGUGCACUCUAAAAUCUGAAUAUGUGCUAAUCACGAGCACUAAGGAAAGUAGCUUACUACACUUCUAGUACAACCUUUGAUUAAGUUAAUCUCUCUCUUCUCUCUCCAUGUAAUGGCAAUAUAUCUGUAUUCAUCUGACAGCUUAUUUUGUAGGACAUCCACUUGCGGUUCCUGAUAACGCAAAGCGAUUCCUGAUAAGGCAAAGUGACACAAAUGUGUCUGCUGCUGUUUUCUUUUCAUCCAGGAGAAGCAAAGAGAAUCAUUCCAGUCUGCGCAGAAGAAACCCAGCUUUGUUUGUUAGCAAGUGGCUUUUAUGCCACUUCAGUCAAAGUGAAUCAGUGUGCUCUAAAAAGUGCUGUACCCAUGAUAAUAAUUCCACAACUGGUUUUGUUUUAA